AUGAAGGCUCGCGUCGAGACAAGCGCCGAUGAGUCUUAUCUGCCCAUGAAGAGGUUCGAGACCAGUGCCGAUGAGUCUUACGAUCCGAUGAAGAGGGCCGAAACCAGCGCGGACGAAUCGUACCUACCCAUGCGACGCACCGAGACGAGCGCAGAUGAGUCCUAUCUUCCGAUGAAGAGGGCCGAAACCAGUGCUGAUGAGUCGUACCUGCCCAUGAAGAGAGCAGAGACGAGCGCGGAUGAGUCUUACCUUCCGAUGUAG